CCGGACGCCUGGGUCCCUCAGAGCAGCAAUGGCGACAACCACACCCAGAACCCUGGGUCCCUUGUGGAACCAACGUGGGGCCCUCCCGGAUGCCUGGGUCCCUCUUCCAGGGGAUGUCCUCCCUGCCCCUGUCCCCGAUGGUGGCCUCGGCCGCGGCCUUGGCGCGGGCGCUGCGGGCGCUGGCGGGGCUGGCGGAGGCGCUGGGGGCCCCGGGGACGGUGGCAGCGGCGCUGGCGGAGGCCGAGGCGGCCCUGGCGGAGGCGGAGGCGGCGGUGAGGCGGCUGGAGGCUGAGCUGGUGUCGUCGGUAGCGGCGGCGGCCCCGGUGGCCCCAACGCCCGGGCUCAACGUCGAGGGGCUGUACCGGCUGCUGGAGGCGAUGGCCAAGGCCACCGCGGAGGAACUGGACCGGGAGCUGAAGCGGAACCGGCGGCGCCGCCGGGCCCUCUGGCUGCUCCGGACCAGCGCCGUGGUCCUGAUGGUUGUCUGUGCCCCCCUGCUGGCCCUGGACGUGGUGCGGGAGGCGCUGAGUAUGACACAGGAGAGUCACCUCAUCCCCUGCCUGGCCGCCGUGGCCCUGGUGGCCCAGGUGGCCCUGUGGGGCGCGGAGACGUCCAAGCACCACCUGAGCGAGGCCACCAGCCUCCAGCACUGCCAGGCCCAGCGCUACCAGCACCUGGCCCAGGACGCCGCCGCCGCCGCCGCCGCCGCCGCUGCCGCCACCGCCCAGGCCGCCCAGGACAUCACCAACGUCCAUGUCACCCUGGGGGUGCUGGAGGAGGUGACGAGUCACCUCAGGGCCUUGGUGGACGCUGUCAUCCAGGACCAGGAGGCGGGCCGGGGCUUCCCCACCAGCACCCGGGCCUUGGGGGACGCCGUGGUGGCCUUGGGGACAGUGAUGGGGGACAAGGAGAUGACAGAGAAGUUGACCAGGGCGCUGGAGGCUCUGCCGGGGGACAAGUAGGGACAGAUGGGGACACUGGGAGGGUCCUGUUUGUUCUGAGGACACCUCAGUGUCCCUCCCCCCCAUCCUGGGGUCACCCUGAUGUCUCCUGUCCCACCUGGGGACACCACCAGGAGGGUCCUCCUCAUCCUGGGGACACCAGGAUGUCCCUUCCCCAUGCUGGGGACACUGGGAUGUCUCCUGUCCCACCUGAGGACACCUGGCUGUCCCUCCUUCUCGGGAUACCACGAUGUCCCCGUCCCACCUGGGGACAUGGAGGGUGUCCCCUUCAAUGGCCAAGGACACUAGGGACAGGUUGGUGACACUGUCCCCUGUCACCCCAAUAAACCUCAGGGACAUGCCGAGCCACC